CUGGCGCUAGCAUUAUUGUUGCUUAAGGAUCUGUAUCUACAACAAGGUUGGCCCACAAUAUAUACUAAAUAUGUGUUGUGGUGCAACAGUUCAAAGUAUUAAAUCGGGCGCGCGGCGUGAGACUGUUAAAUGCAAUUAACGACGGCUUGCUGUGAAUUUCAAAACUUCCUUCCACCAAUCAGCAUCUGGCCCCGGCCCCCCCUCUCUCUCUCUCUCUGUCUAUCUCUAUCUCUCUCAUCACAUACAGCAUUGUCGUGAAUUGUGCAGAUUUGUCGAAUGUGAAAUUUCAAUUGUAUUAAUACAAGUGGCUGCAAUAUGGGCACAAUAUCAUCGGUACUGCAAUGGUCGUGCACCAAAUGCAAUACCAUCAAUCCGACCGAAUCAUUAAAAUGCUUCAACUGUGGCACCGUGCGCAAGGUAUUCCCCAGUCCUACCGCAACAUUGUAUCAGCAAACGUCACAAACGCAAUCCCAACCGCCGCGACACCAAGGCACUUGGAUACAUCAACAGCAACAACAACAACAACAACAACCUCGGCAACAGCAGCGACAGCAUGAAAACCUGGUUGCAGGCUCUGCUGUGUCAGGGGCAGCGGCGGGGGCGACGGACCUGGCCGCCGAGUGUGAUGAGGAGGAGGUCGCGACAAUUGUUGAUAAGCACAAAGCUGUGACCAGCACGCAUGAGGCAGCAGCUGUUUUGGCACCGAUCCCGGCCAGCAAUCGGCUCAUUCCUCCAGCGGCACGCAACGACAAUAAACCGCAAUCGAUGCUGCUGCACGGCAGCCGCAAGAUGUGGACAUGCGGCAAAUGUUCCUAUGCCUACAAUCGUCUCUGGUCCGAGUCCUGUGAGAUGUGCGAGACACUAUCCAAGCAAACGGCAGAGUCCUCCCCAGCAUCAGCAGCAGCAGCAGCCACUGGUGCGGAGCCGCGCAGCGAUGAGCCCUGGACAUGCAAGAAGUGCACCCUGGUCAACUACUCAACGGCGAUGGCGUGCAUUGUGUGCGGCGGCUCAAAACUGAAGAGCAUCUCCUCCAUUGAGGACAUGACGCUGCGCAAGGGCGAGUUCUGGACAUGCAGCCAUUGCACGCUCAAGAAUUCGCUGUCGGUGGGCCUGUGCAGUGCCUGCAAAUCGAUGCGUCUGCUGCCGGUGGCGGACACGGUGCGCGAACGACCCGAUGGCCAGUCCUACGAGGAGCAGGACACGACGACGACGUCGACCGUCGGCGGCGGCAGUCAGACGUUGGUUGAACACAAUACGCCAACGCCGACGCCAACGGCUCAGCUGCAGUUGCUGCCGCCGUUGGCGCAUCGCAAUUCGCGCAGUCCAUCGCCCCGAUCAACGGCGGUGGCACCGGUCCUGACGGCCAUCCAACAGCUGCAGCUACAGCAGACCCAGCAGCAGCUGCAGCAGCAGCGCAGCUCCUCGGGCGCCAUACCCAAGCGUCAUAGCACCGGCGGCUCUAUAGUGCCGCGCAAUAUAUCAAUGGCCAUGCCCACCUCCGCGGCCAGCUCCUCCUAUAAUUUGCAGCAGCAGCAGCAGCAGCUAAUCCUGCCCAGCGGCUCGGUUAAGAAAUGGCAGUGCCCGGCAUGCACAUACGAGAACUGUGCCGCCUCCGUUGUCUGUGACAUUUGCUCGAGUCCGCGCGGUUUGGUCCAUACGGUGCUGACGGAUGCUUUGGCCCGCAAAUCGAUGCGUGUCGCUGCGCUCAACGAAAUCCGGCAGGAGAGCAAACUAAUGGAGAAUCUGCGCCAGCUGGAGGAGACAGAAGCGCUGACCAAAUGGCAAAAUAUCAUACAAUAUUGUCGCGAUAAUAGCGAGCUAUUCGUGGACGAUUCAUUUCCGCCGGCGCCCAAAAGCUUGUACUAUAAUCCCGCCAGCAGUGCUGCGGAUGGCGGCAAUCCGGUGGUGCAGUGGCGUCGACCGCACGAGAUCAAUUGCGAUGGCGGCGCCUAUCCGCCGUGGGCGGUCUUUCGUACGCCGUUGCCCUCGGACAUUUGUCAGGGUGUGCUGGGCAAUUGUUGGCUGCUCAGCGCAUUGGCCGUGCUGGCCGAACGGGAGGAUCUCGUCAAGGAGGUGCUCGUUACCAAGGAGAUAUGCGCCCAGGGCGCCUAUCAGGUGCGUCUAUGCAAGGAUGGCAAAUGGACGACAGUGCUUGUCGAUGAUCUGUUGCCGUGCGACAAGCGCGGACAUUUGGUCUACUCGCAGGCCAAGCGCAAACAGCUCUGGGUGCCGCUCAUCGAGAAGGCGGUGGCCAAAAUCCAUGGCUGCUAUGAGGCGCUCGUUUCGGGCCGUGCCAUUGAGGGCCUGGCCACGCUUACGGGUGCACCCUGCGAGAGCAUACCGUUGCAGGCCAGCUCAUUGCCCAUGCCCAGCGAGGAUGAGCUGGACAAGGAUCUGAUCUGGGCACAGCUGUUGAGUUCGCGCUGUGUACGCUUCCUGAUGGGCGCCAGCUGUGGCGGCGGCAACAUGAAGGUCGACGAGGAGGAGUACCAGCACAAGGGUCUACGGCCGCGGCACGCCUAUUCGGUGCUGGACGUCAAGGAUAUACAGGGACAUCGUUUGCUCAAGCUUCGCAAUCCCUGGGGACAUUAUUCGUGGCGCGGCGAUUGGUCAGAUGAUUCGGCCCUGUGGACAGAUGAUUUACGUGAUGCUCUAAUGCCGCACGGCGCCUCCGAGGGCGUCUUUUGGAUCUCCUUUGAGGAUGUGCUCAACUAUUUUGAUUGUAUCGAUAUCUGCAAGGUGCGUUCCGGCUGGAAUGAGGUGCGUCUACAGGGCACACUCCAGCCGUUGUGCUCCAUUUCGUGCGUGCUGCUCACCGUGCUGGAGCCCACCGAGGCCGAAUUUACGCUCUUCCAGGAGGGUCAACGCAACUCGGAGAAAUCGCAACGCUCACAGCUCGAUCUCUGCGUUGUGAUAUUUCGCACACGUUCACCGGCAGCGCCAGAGAUUGGACGCCUCGUCGAGCAUAGCAAGCGUCAGGUGCGCGGCUUUGUGGGCUGCCACAAGAUGCUGGAGCGUGACAUCUAUUUGCUCGUCUGUUUGGCCUUCAAUCAUUGGCACACGGGCAUCGAGGAUCCGCAUCAGUAUCCGCAGUGCAUACUGGCCAUACACAGCUCCAAGCGGCUGCUGGUCGAGCAAAUAACGCCCUCGCCCCAUCUGCUCGCCGAUGCCAUCAUCAGCCUGACACUGACCAAGGGCCAGCGGCAUGAGGGACGCGAGGGCAUGACCGCCUACUAUUUGACAAAGGGCUGGGCUGGACUGGUGGUUAUGGUGGAGAAUCGACAUGAGAAUAAAUGGAUUCAUGUGAAGUGCGAUUGCCAGGAGAGCUACAAUGUGGUCUCGACGCGCGGCGAGCUCAAAACAGUUGAUUCCGUGCCGCCGCUGCAAAGGCAGGUGAUCAUUGUGCUCACCCAGCUGGAGGGCAGCGGCGGCUUCAGCAUUGCCCAUCGGCUGACGCAUCGUUUGGCCAAUUCGCGCGGCCUGCACGAUUGGGGUCCGCCGGGCGCCACCCACUGUCCGCCCAUCGAGAAUGUGCACGGGCUGCAUGCGCCGCGCUUGAUAACAUAAUUCGAUCAAGCCGACUUGGAAGCAUCGAGGGGCAUUAGUUCAAAACAAAAUAUAUAUAUAUAUAUUUAUAUAUAUAUGUAUCUAUGUGUAUUCCUUUUACGCCAUAACGUUUACGAUUUAUGAUUUUGAUAUUGGUUACAUUUUCUUUAUUUUUGUUUUGUUUGAAUAUUUUAAUUUUUUGAGAUUUUUGCAUAUUCUAGUCGAUGUUUUGUCAACGUCAUACGUACACACACACACACACGAACACGCACACAUAUAGCUAUACAUGAAUAUAUAUGUAUGUAUAUGUGUACUUCGGAAUAGUUAACGAUGCGGUUGCGGGCGCAUUAAUACAUACAUACAUAUAUUGAGAAAAGAAAUGAAAUAAAUGUGAAUUAUAUAGUUAAACAACGGCCUGAUACCCGAACCCUAUCAAAACUUUGAAUUUCAUCGAUGUAUGUAUUGUAUUGAAUUUAAGUGCAUGUGCGUCAUGAUCCAGCAGCAUACAUAAAUAUGUCUAUUGUUUUAAAAAUAAAAUACUAACAGUUAUAAAAGCCAUACAAC